UAUGUUUUUCUACGGCAACCAUACAUCCCUUUAAUGCGAAAAGCUAGAAAAAAUCAUUAGUUAUGAAUGAAAAUACAAACUUGGAGAGAUCAAGCAAAUAUGGGGCUCAAACAGGUCGUCCAAAUCCAGUUCAGCUUGCUUUUGAACAAGAAUUAUCACGMUUUGUAAAAUAUGUGACAAGAAAAGCAGAGCUUGGUGCAAAAUGGAAGAAGACGGAGGAGGAAGCGUUUGCCAGAGGGUCAAACACAUUGUUCAACUUAUGGAAUGGCUAUGAAUCAAGACUUCAGCAAACUUAUUUUAUUCAGAAAGUUAUAUCAACCGGAGAUUUCCUUCUCAGCAUCAAGGAAUAUAAGGUUGCCCAAUAUCAGUGCUUUGGAAGAUAUCUUCGAUCAGUGAGACCAAUWAACACAACACUUGAGACAAGUGCUGAUAGUAAUCUUGAAAAAUUUAAAGCUGUUUAUUUCUCCAAUGGGUUAGCMGAUAGAUAUACUUCUAUUGUGUUGAGAGCACUUCUUGGCGAGGCAAUUUGUUCAUUUCAUGUGAAAAUUGCUGAAGAUAUCAAACUCAAGAACCCCAAAACAGUUGUACAAUCAAUAACAUAUCUGAAGAUUCUAAGACUGAUAACACAGACAGCACUUCACAAAGAAACAUACUGUUGGCUUGUGUUCAAUGGAACUGUCCAUAUUUACACAAUUUGUCGGCAUUUGAUGGCAUUGGGUCAUAGUAAAGAGGUACUGGAGUUCCUAUUGUGGGCCUGCAUGUGCAUGGAAUCGUCUGUACCCCUAAUGACAGUGAAGUAUCUUUCAUGGCGCUGUACCCUGUACUCAGCUGUAUGCCACUGUUACUAUGAUCUCAAAGCGCUAACGCAAGCAGAGGCAUUUGCCAAGAGAGCUGUAAGCAAAGUUAACGAACUAGAGGAUAUUGAGAAAAUCAGCACCUCAGAGACAACGCCCAUGUCUGUUGGAACGUUCCGUGAGGCUAAAGCUAAAAUGCAAAUUAUGGUUUUCAAGAGAGUUGUGUUUGAAACUAGGAAACGACCAAAAGGACUUUUGAGACCCAAGACUAAACCAAAUCUAAAAGAUAGCAUCAAUGUAAGUGCUCGUGGCGUGCCUUUGCAGUCAGUAGUGAAGUUCAUCAAACUUGCAUUCAACUCUGAACAAUGGGAUACGUUUAACACGCUGGUACAUCAAACACUGGACCUGCUCAAGAACCAAGAGAACCCCGUUAGUCUUUUAGAUAUCAAGACAUUAGAACUGAUGCUAGCACUAGAACCGUUCUACAGUAAUAUCAAAAAACCUAAGAAAAGUNUAGUACGAGACGGUGCUCGUGGCGUGCCUUUGCAGUCAGUAGUGAAGUUCAUCAAACUUGCAUUCAACUCUGAACAAUGGGAUACCUUUAACACCCUGGUACAUCAAACAUUGGACCUGCUCAAGAACCAAGAGAACCCCGUUAGUCUUUUAGAUAUCAAGACAUUAGAACUGAUGCUAGCACUUGAACCGUUCUACAGUAAUAUCAAAAAACCUAAGAAAAGUCCUAGUCAUGGUGCAGUGGACGAGAGCAUUGAUCAUCAUACUCACCAAGGAAAAGGGAGCUCUACAAUGGAUGAUUUGAUGUUUUUGGCUGACACACUACACUCAUGUUCUCUUGAACCUUUCAAGUCUGUCAUUGGUCACAUGGACCCCAAUAUGGUCAUUGAUGCAGCGCUUUUCCUGUGGUCUAAAUGCAAAAUACAGUUCCAGAGAGUUGUCUCGGCAUCGAUGGAAGGCUGUAAGUUUGUGCUGAAUGACAAGGAGGCGAACAAGUGGGUUUAUUUGAUCACUGUUGUCCACACCGCGCUGUCAUGGAGCGAUGCUUGUACUUUUGAUCCAAUUUUGUUUGCUGAAGUUGCUCUCAAACUGUCACUGGUUUUGGAAUGCAAGGCAAACCAGAAUGAACAGCUUACGAAGGCAGAAUCCCAAGAAUCACCAAUCCCUGAAAAUAGACAGGAAGUCCUUGAGAAAAAGAAAGCAAAUCCUGAUGCCACUGACAAGCAAGCCGAGAGAGCACAGACAAGCUGUUCAAAUUCGAGCAAGCACUCUUCUGUACUUGGUUUGUCUGAGGAGGGCUAUAGUCGAGGUGUGAGAGGUCUCCUUGCCAAGUCAACAGACGUGUUGUAUCAAGCUUUUGAAGGAAUAGGCAGAGCAAGAGAUGCUAGAAUACACCUUAGUAGUAAAGACAUUGUAGAUGUCACGUGGAUUAAGAAUAUCGAGGAUACAUUGAAUGGUGUUGUUGAGCAAGAUGGCCUGGUACAGUGUAUGAUAAAAGCAUUGCACAUGGAACUGUUGUUUGUGCAUCAUAGAGUAGUGGUAAAGCUAAAUGAACUUGGACCAGAUCCAGAGAUGGUGCAAUCCCAAAAGAAACUAAAGUCCAAAGGCUCAGCAGGAUCCAUCAGCGGUUACAAUGAUCUGAUUUCAUUCUGUGAUAAAAAUCCAUUAUCAAAGGCCCUUAUGGUAAUGCACAAGGCAAGCUGUACAGCCUCACUGAAAGGAAUCACAGGGUCUGAACAGCAAGCACAGCUCAUGAAGGAGAGCAUUGAAUUGAUUCAGAAAGCUCAACAACAAGACCAGAAACUUUUGAAAUGUAACAAAGAAUCAAAAGCAGUCACAGAUGAUACUCCACCGCCUCCCAUCUUACUGUAUAGAAGUCCUUCUAUUAUGGUCUUUAAGCCUGCACCCUUUGAACCAAAGAAUGAUCAGGUUGCCUGGUACAGUUUAUUUGCCAGAUCUGCUAAUGGUAAUAACAUCAAGGUUCGGUUAAAUGACUACCAACUUCCUGGAACAGGAGAAGAGACUCCAGCAACCAGCGACUGUGAACUUAUAGUGAAGGGUCUAAAACCCAACCAACGUUAUGUAUUUGCUGUGGCGGCUUAUAAUUCCAAAGGACAAUUAAUAGGGAAGACCAUUGGAUCAACAAGCCGUUCAGUACUCGCGGCGUAUUCUCUACCAACCCUGAUGGCCUGGGGAUACCUUGCACAGAUUGCAUUCAGUGCUGGUGUUCCAGCAAUAUCUCAGCAAGCCUGUGCUGUAUUGUGGAACCACUUUGUCAUUGAACCACAACCAUCCGAAGAAGAACUAAAAAUCAAGAACGCUGAGAAUGAUCUCAAAGUCAGACUCAAAGUACUCGAUCAGUCAAAGAUUCACAGCUCAUCUCCUGUGCUAGUGCGUCAGUUUGUCCAAUCCAUCUUCAUAUCGGUCGACUUGAGCAUUAGAGACAACUUCCUCUACUGCAACUCGUUGUGUGACAAUGGACCGUUGUACAACAGUCAAGUUGCUCGUCUCCGUGAAUGCGAGAGACUACUGCUGGCCAUACAAGUUGCAGGCUGGCUUAAUGAUGCAGCCAUGUGUCUUCAAGCCAUUGUGCAAGUAUAUGGUUUACUGGCGCCAAUGGUCCAACAGAAAAUACCUGCUAAACCGGUUGUACAGGUUCUUCUGAGAUGUCAUGCCGUGCUUCAGGAGGUUCCGUCCUUAACUCGACAUCGUAGACAGUCAUCAGCUUCAGAUAGCUUGUCGCAUAUGAUUGCAGCGAUGACAUAUUUCGUGGCAAAGAUUCUUCAAAGCUGGGAGGAAAAGGGCCUGUGUGGUGCCAUAGUAGAACUAGGAAAAAAAAUGUUGAACCUCGAGACAGCUCCUGAUAGCGCAGGAACAAUGGCAUCCAUGCACCAAGCUGCUGCCAUAGCAACAGCUAAUAUGGUAGGGCAACCUCCUCCGAAGACUAAGAAGAAACUAAAGCCCAAGCAUAAAGGUUUAAAAGCCAAAGGAAUGGACAAAGACUUGAAUACAAUACACGAUGGYCAUGAUGAGGAACUGAAGACUUUGGAAGCUUACAUGAUGAAGCUGAGCCAAAAAGCAAUUYUAAACCGAGAGGAUGAUGACCUGACAGGAUCUGAAGACCCAACAAUCUUGCAUUCAUUUGUGUCUAGUUUGCCUGCUCAAGAAGCCUACAAGGAAGUUCUCAAGUUUAAGCGUCGAACUCGAUUCCUGGAAUUCUUUGUACAAGUUCUCGGUAAAGCMAUUGAUGAAGGGAUGACGGAGACUUGUUUGCACUGGACAAAUGAUACCAUGACUUGGAUYAUUAGAAGGAACGAAAUGCUUCUUGCAAAUAAACCCACCAUUGUACGUAUUGGAACAACAGGUGUGGGCCAAGAAGAUGAGAGAAUCAAGCGAUUUGCCACGGCUAUUGUGGAAUUUGGAAAGGUAACAGCCAAGCARCAARCAACGCWWCAGGGCGAGRCUAAAGAUGCCGAGCCCGAUGAAGURCGUGUCCGAACCAAGCAAGAAACAGCCAAACCUCCUCAAUCAAAAAAUGUCAACUUGAAGUCUUCAAUCAUGUCCAGAAGGACUGGCAAGACCAAAGGAAAGACGGAAGAAGAAAUUAAUUUAAACUUGGCCGUCGAAAAGCUUCAGUCAGUGUUGCCAGACUACUGGAGAUCUUGCAAUCGUCGCAAGAAACUAAGAUCCGUGAAUAAGGAGGAACUACCAUGGAAAGUCCAGCUCAAUGUACUUACAGCUGGGUGUAACCUUGAACUUUUCCUGGAAAGAGUCGGUAAUUUGCAGUGUAUGACAGAUGAUGGUGGAAUUGCAAUGUACAGAUCAUCAUACAUGGAUCCUGAUUGGUUCAGUUUCUCAACGUCUGGUACGUUCAUUGUAUCGUGGUCAGGGUCCACUCGACGAGAUUCACCAGAACCUCCAAUGGGAUUCAGUGGRUCAAUGAUGGAAUUACCUCCUUAUAGUUCCCCUGCUGUUACUACUGCACACACUACCGCAAACCAACCUCGUGUCUCACAACCGACCACAGAAACUAUAAGAGCUGGUAGUCGAGUGACAGCAAGUGACAGGGAGAGUGUUCCAGUUCCAAAGUCUCCUCUUGUGUAUCUUGGCAACGUGUUUUCCAAUCUUACUCGUGCAAUAGUGACAAUUUUAAACCGAGAGGAUGAUGACCUGACAGGAUCUGAAGACCCAACAAUCUUGCAUUCAUUUGUGUCUAGUUUGCCUGCUCAAGAAGCCUACAAGGAAGUUCUCAAGUUUAAGCGUCGAACUCGAUUCCUGGAAUUCUUUGUACAAGUUCUCGGUAAAGCMAUUGAUGAAGGGAUGACGGAGACUUGUUUGCACUGGACAAAUGAUACCAUGACUUGGAUYAUUAGAAGGAACGAAAUGCUUCUUGCAAAUAAACCCACCAUUGUACGUAUUGGAACAACAGGUGUGGGCCAAGAAGAUGAGAGAAUCAAGCGAUUUGCCACGGCUAUUGUGGAAUUUGGAAAGGUAACAGCCAAGCARCAARCAACGCWWCAGGGCGAGRCUAAAGAUGCCGAGCCCGAUGAAGURCGUGUCCGAACCAAGCAAGAAACAGCCAAACCUCCUCAAUCAAAAAAUGUCAACUUGAAGUCUUCAAUCAUGUCCAGAAGGUCCGUCGAAAAGCUUCAGUCAGUGUUGCCAGACUACUGGAGAUCUUGCAAUCGUCGCAAGAAACUAAGAUCCGUGAAUAAGGAGGAACUACCAUGGAAAGUCCAGCUCAAUGUACUUACAGCUGGGUGUAACCUUGAACUUUUCCUGGAAAGAGUCGGUAAUUUGCAGUGUAUGACAGAUGAUGGUGGAAUUGCAAUGUACAGAUCAUCAUACAUGGAUCCUGAUUGGUUCAGUUUCUCAACGUCUGGUACGUUCAUUGUAUCGUGGUCAGGGUCCACUCGACGAGAUUCACCAGAACCUCCAAUGGGAUUCAGUGGRUCAAUGAUGGAAUUACCUCCUUAUAGUUCCCCUGCUGUUACUACUGCACACACUACCGCAAACCAACCUCGUGUCUCACAACCGACCACAGAAACUAUAAGAGCUGGUAGUCGAGUGACAGCAAGUGACAGGGAGAGUGUUCCAGUUCCAAAGUCUCCUCUUGUGUAUCUUGGCAACGUGUUUUCCAAUCUUACUCGUGCAAUAGUCCUGGCUCAUCGUGGAAAAUACUGGACCAUGAUGCAGAAUGCUUGCCGCUGCUUAUGGAAUGCCACUAACACAAUCAUGAUCCAAGUCACAUCAGGCAGUUUGAGGCUAACAGAUGACCCUCAGGGGGAGACCAAGUCAGAUAUUGACAUACUUAGGGGGGCUCUCUGGAAACCAUUCUAUACAGCUGCUGAYUGYUUGAUGGAUAUGAUWGUACACCURCAAGACGAUAUGAAGCAUGAUGUACAGCUCAACAAGAAGUAUGGUAAAGUAAAGAAGGGAGACCCCGAGAUAAGYAAAGUAUCAGGYUUGAUGGGAGGUAUAGAAGACCAGAARGGMGGCUCAAGUUUACGCUUCGAGAUACCAUUGGACAAUACCAACAUCCUGGACACGCGAUGGGUCAAACAGCUUAUUCUAUACGCAGCUGAGAUGAUGUUCUAUGAAGCUAAAUGGGAACGAGUAGUUGAUGUUGCUCUGAGGUUUAAUGCCUUGACCAGGAGUCGUUAUGCAGAAUCUGUUCUUCCAAUGUUAAUCRUUGCACAACGAAAGCUCGCAGAAAGAGUAGAAGAAAAUGGCGGCCUUUCCAAAAGUCAGCCUGUCAUUACAAUUUCCAAGGAAACGGGAGCAGUUGAAGAGUUUAUAAUCACCCCUGCAGAGUACGAGCGAAUUGAGCCUGCAGUACAUAUAGAUCCUAUUGGACAUAAUGUGUACAGCAGUAGUACUGAUGCUCUUAGACUCGUUUCGGUGCCUUUAGAUGUUAAUGACAGUUUGAAUACAUUUAGAGAAGCUUUGGACACCAAGCAUCAUACAGCAAGAGCCCUGGAGCAYAGUAGGCAGUUACUACUAUGUUAUCUCGCUGGACAACAGAAAGGAGGCUCCACUCAAAGGAUAGUCCGCCGUGGAUCAUCUCGAGUAGGGUUUGCUCCAACCCAGRUCAAACCACCAAGUGACGUUCCCAGUGACCUGUCCGAGGAGACGUUUGAUAGCAUGGAAGACAUCAAGACAUACACACUACAAUCAUCACAACUUGCAGUGGUCAUAUCUUCAUAUGACAAGACAAUUGAAAUGCUCCAGUUUCAACACCAGCCAGGUUUGGCAGCGCAGGCAAUGCACGAGCUUGGAAAUAUUAUGUUUCACACUGGGAACAUUAGGAUGGCUUACAGAUGGUGGGCGGAAGCACUUGAUUCCAUUCUAAAGACAUCGGACGCCGUGAAAAACUGGAGAGAUCUUACCUCAGACGAAGACCUUAGUCCAAGCGAAAUGUUGCUUAAACGAUGUGGUUUGUGGGGAUGUCUUUUAGCGGCGAUAGUUGCAGCAAAGAUAGCACAAUAUGUUCAUACUUCAAAUCUUGGACUUCGUCAAGAGUGCUGCCUCCUUUCUGCAACUCUUUUUAAGACUCUUCUUUGCUCCACGUUGCCACACCCUACUGCCGACAAGGACUACGCCCUUUACGAGGUCGGCACAGGUUUUGAGGUGAAGGAGCUUAUACCUGGGAUUGAUCUUCUAUCCGAUGUGUUCAGAAGUGAUGGUCGUUCUGUGGUGGCUGCCUUGAGAUGGGUUACUGAGGAAUUAGCUCGUGCAAAACAUCUACUAACGGUCUUACCACUCAUUACACUGUGCUUAUACUUCACAAGUCACGUGUGUAGGGAUGUUCAACGAACUGUCGAUAUACGGAUCUUGAAAAGGACAAGUGGCAUUUUGCAACUCUAAACACUUCAACGACGCCAACAACGCUGCAGUACUGAACGACCUGAUGGAGAGCAGUCUUCCUGACAACCUUGCACAACUGUACGGAGGACACAUCACCGCGCAAGUCAACAUUGCGCAUGCGCACUUGCUAAUCGCGAUGGCAUCCAAAAUUUAUGCGAUACCUCAAGACGUGACCGAUGAACUGGAACGGUUCUUCAUUGAGAAAGCAGAAGCCGAGGCGGCCGAAGCAGAUUACAACGAAUCUAAUACCAUUCCUUCCACCGUGCUGGCUUUGGGAAAGAAAAUUGGAAAGACCAAGAAAUCUGAKGAUACAAUAAGUGUCAAGAGCUUUACAGUGGUUUUAGAGAGAAAACUCAUYUCGACUGAUACAAGUCCUGAAUCCUUGAAGAGCUUACUAUUGUGUCAAGCCGAACGCAUAAUCACAGGAGUUCUGGACUCAAUCAAAACCCUAGAGACAGAAGACUUGGAAACACAGGAAGAAAUAUCGUGCGAUUAUUCUCCAUGCGAUCUGGAGCUUCUUGUYUUCGCUAAGCUGGAACUGAGUCAGAUAUCUUUGGAAAGGCACCAUUCUGUCACGGCUGGUAUGACUGUUUACAGUGCUAUGCGGGCAAUGGAAGACGCUGCUGUAUUGAACGAGCUUGAUACAGAAAAAAGAUCACCAUCGAUGUUCAAUACCAGUCCUCUUCAUUCCGCCUCACCUUGGCCUGCAUUCACAGACCAUUACAUGACAUCACAAUCCCGCCAACGCUUGGAUGCUCGCUUGUGGCUAACAUGUCGUUUAGCAUUGGCUAAGAGCCUAGCUGAAGAAGACAGUGGGAUGGGAAAGCUUGGUGGACUGGAGAGAAGCGUCACUGGUCAAAUUGGCUCUUGUGAGCACCAUUGCAGACAAGGUUUCGAUGAGGCGGAAGCGUUUGGUGAUGUUGAGAUCGGUGCUGAGUUUGCCAUGUUGGAGUUUGUGUACAGUUUGCAACAUGGGAAAAUAUCUGAUGAACUCAUCGGUAAUCUUGAGGAAUUAAUACUUAAUCUCGAACGWUGCCAAACGUUGUCAUAUCAAGGUCAGUGUCUUCUGACUAAGGCAGUUAUCCAGUAUGGGGACAUUAGCAAACAAGGAAGACACUCUGAUGAUCUCAAGCAUAUUAUUAAACCUCUGUUGGCAUACGAACAGGCUGCAAGUGUUGUCCUAAGACAGAUAAUUAAUCUUGGUGAAUGCGUCGAUUCUACAAUUAAGUCCCCUGUUCUUCCAUUGAAAAACAUCUUCCUCCAACAACUUGACCUGCUAGUGGAGCUCAAGCUACGAUUUGGACGAGCAUAUGCGCAUGGUAGCCUGRACAAAAAUGGAAAAGAUUCGGAAAGUUUUUCCAGGGGUGUUAAAGARCUUGAGCUAGGMAUCUCAYUGAUGCACAAUGCUGCUUUUAAGCGAAAACCAAUGGAAGCGCGACUGGUAUUCAGUCUAGGACAAGUCCAGCGGCAAAUGUUUGAUGCAGGGCUUCUACCGGCUCAUACCGCUACUAAUACACUGAUUGAGUCAAUUAGACUAAUCUUCUCAUCCGAUCAUGACCUUGGUUUGAUGAAACAAGCCUACCUAGAGAUGUCAGUAACGUACUUAGCAAACAACAAACAAGCUAAGAAAGCAGAUGAACUUCUAGCUGCUGCGGAAGCUCAAGCGGCCGAACAACAGAAACCGGGGAAGACUGACAAAAAAGAGUCAAAACAAAAGACGAAAAGAUCAAAAGAAAACAAAGAAAGGCUGAAAGAGAUCGAGAAAGAGAAGCGCGCAGCCUGGGCAGCUAUACGAGCAGCAUCCCUCGUUUCCAUGGCACAAAACCAAUUUGCCGAUAAAGUAAAAACUGUCGUAAAUGGAUUUUCAACGUCAAGUGCCAAGGAGUUUGAGCUAUCAGUGUACUGGGGCAAGCUUGAGACAAAUAACUCACCUUCCUCGCAAGAUAGAGAAAGCAGCACUCUCAUGCUUACAUAUGCACURAAUUCCAAGUCGUUCAAUAUGUCCUCCACCUUUGGAGCAGCUAGUCUUAAGGCUGGUGUACGUUCUGUUCCUAUGGAGCUCGUCCAGUCUUUACAUGAGGGGUUGAUGAGUACAUUAGAGAUAGCGGAAAGCGACUUACAGCCUGCUUCACAACCAAAUGCACUAGCACCCAAAACCAGUAAAAGUGACUUGAGUGUACCAGGAACACAAGACAGUAAAAGUUCACCGUCAGGCAACACAGGACGUAAGAAACGAACAAUGGGBAUACGGGCACUUUCUGCCAAACAACGACGUGACGACACCAUACGGGCCAAACUUAAAGAUCACAUCCAGGAGAUCUCGARUAUAUUGAGUGUACCUGAUGAAAACAUCCCUCAGGAAGUACCUUUUGAAGUUUCUUUGAAGAAUGUAGCUGUUUUGGAGGCCUUGUUCGAUCCAAGUCGAGGCGUCACGUCAAAGGUUACCGAAGCAUUUUUUAAUUGGUUCAGUUCCAUGGUCCCAGACUGCUAAAUAUUGAGGACACCUUGCCUCUUCCGAAAUGAGAAUUAUCAAACUAUAAAUUAUUGUAUUUAUUUAGGUGUUUAUGUCUCUCCAAAUUGACAAUAUAUUUUUUGCAAAUGGCAACGUUUUGAACACUGGCUAUUGAAAAACGAUUUGAAAAUGAUUUUGAAGUGAAUAUAAACAUAAAUUAUGGAUUGGUCCCUUUAAUACGACUUGUUGUUUACAAAGUAUCUGAAUGUGAACAGGAGACUCAAUGUCCAAAUGUUUUGUUUAUGUUUUUAACAAAAUGAUCUUCAUUGUCUUUAGUAAGAUGUGUGUACUUAUCUUAAAAGAAUUGAGAUUUUUUAAUAAAAUUUGUCGUUCUUGAUUCUUUUGCGACUAAUGAUAC